GAAAAUUAGCUCAAAAAUGAAAACACGUCUUUUAAUUGGAGAUUACAAAAGACGGUCUCCUGAACACGUGUCCCCCUUUGCGUCUUCGCUCUCCUUCUUCCGCGACUUCGUUCACCUUCAGUUUCUCCAUUGCCAAACCUUCAUUUUCUCCUUCUCUUCUUCGCCUGAGUUCACUCCUUACAGACGAAAUCGAACAGAGCCUUACGUACAGACGAAAUCGGACAGAGCUCGGAUCGAUAACACGGAGUCGUACGAAUUACUUCGUCGGCCGCAUGUUUCAUGCAGAGAAUCAUAAGACGAGAAGAUUCCCAGAGAGAGAGGUUCUUUUACAACGUAUGUGAGUCUCUUCUCUCUGUAAACCCUAACCGCAAGAACGAUGCCAGGUCCCUGAAACGAGCUCUCGAUCUCGUCUCCCCUGUCCAUGGCCAAUUCCCUCCUAUCCUACUGAUUCUGAAGCCAAGAGUUUGGAGAGAUACAGAUUGCAUUCCAAGGUGGACGAGGACGAGAAGAAUCUCGUUACCAAACCCGCCGUCUUCAAGGGCGUUCUCCUUCAGCAGACUCUUCAGGCCAUCGUCUCCGUUAUUCUCUUCAAGCUCAGAGAGCAGAAAAGAAAAGCAGAAGUUUUAAUGGAGAGGAGGACUUCAGGAGGAGUAACCAGUGCUCCUUGAGUUAUCGUGAGUUUCACUUCUUGUUCUUAGGAACCUCGUUUUUGCUCCGAAAGUUACACACCCUUUGUUGUUUAGGAUGAUAGGUCUGAAAACUUCAGAUAAACUCUUGAGUAGGAAAUUAUAAACUUCAUACAGGAACAGAUAAAUAUUGUUUCAUUACAUUUGUUUACAGCUUGAGAAGCAUGAAUCAUUUUUAAGAACC